GCUCCUCCCUCCAAAUGAGCAUCUCCAUUCUACCACCCAUUCGCGCCACCACCACCACCACGUCGUGGCUCCUCCUCCUCCUCCUCCUCGCCGCCGCCGCGGCCCGCCGCGAUGCUCUUCCGCCCCGGCACCGCUGUGUGGGUGGAGCACCCGGACCAUGCGUGGGCCGAGGCCGUGGUCACAUCCCCCGCCUCCUCCUCGCCGUCCUCCGUUACUGUCACCCUCGCCGGCGGCGCCAAGGCUGUGGUCGAUGGGAAGAAAGUCCUGCCGAGGGACACGGAGGCCGACCUCGGGGGCGUCGACGACAUGACCAAGCUGGUCUACCUCCACGAGCCUGGGGUGCUCUGCAAUCUCGCUCGGCGGUAUGGGUUCAAUGAAAUCUAUACAUACACGGGGCGUAUUUUAAUCGCAGUAAACCCCUUUGCGAAGCUACCUCAUCUUUAUGAUAUGCACAUGAUGGAGCAGUACAGAGGCGUGCAGUUUGGUGAAUUGAGUCCACAUGUUUUCGCUGUUACAGAUGCAUCAUACAGAGCUAUGGUUAGUGAGGACCGCAGCCAGUCCAUAUUAGUCAGUGGAGAAAGUGGUGCUGGAAAAACAGAGACCACAAAGCUUAUUAUGCGAUAUCUUACUUUUGUUGGGGGCCGUUCAACAGGUGAUAUAAGAUCUGUGGAGCAACAAGUUCUAGAAUCAAAUCCACUGUUGGAGGCAUUUGGUAAUGCACGGACGGUGAGGAAUGAUAACUCCAGUCGCUUUGGGAAAUUUGUUGAGAUUCAAUUUGACAAAUCAGGUAGAAUAUCGGGAGCUGCAGUUCGAACUUAUCUUCUGGAAAGGUCUCGUGUUGUACAGAUAUCUGAGUCUGAAAGGAAUUACCACUGUUUUUAUCAACUUUGUGCAUCUGGGCAGGAUGCAGAUAAAUACAAACUUGCUCACCCUAGGAACUUUAACUACCUAAAUCAAAGCCAUACAUAUGAGUUAGAAGGUGUCAACGAAGCAGAGGAAUAUUUGAAAACACGGAGAGCAAUGGAUAUUGUUGGUAUAAGUUUUUCUCACCAGGAAGCCAUAUUCCGAACUGUUGCUGCUAUCCUUCAUCUAGGAAAUAUUGAAUUUUCUCCUGGGAAAGAGUUUGAUUCAUCUGCUAUCAAGGAUGAAAAGUCUAAAUUCCAUCUCCAAAUGGCUGCUGAUUUGCUCAUGGUUGAUGGAAGCCUUUUGCUUUCAACUCUGUGCUAUCGCACAAUUAAAACUCCUGAAGGAAACAUCGUCAAGGCAGUUGACAGUUCUGCUGCUGCAAUUAGUCGUGAUGCUUUGGCAAAGACUGUAUAUGCUCAAUUGUUUGAUUGGCUUGUUGACAAUAUUAAUAUGUCCAUUGGACAAGACAUGGAGUCGAGGGCACUAAUUGGGGUAUUAGAUAUCUAUGGUUUUGAGUGUUUUAAAUAUAAUAGUUUUGAGCAGCUGUGCAUCAACUUUGCGAAUGAAAAACUUCAACAGCACUUUAAUAAGCAUGUUUUCAAGAUGGAGCAAGAGGAAUACAAAACAGAAGAAAUCAAUUGGAGCUACAUUGAAUUCGUUGAUAAUCAAGACAUAUUGGAUCUCAUUGAAAAGAAACCAAUUGGGAUUGUUUCACUUCUGGAUGAAGCAUGCAUGCUUGGAAAAUCAACACAUGAGACCUUUGCAAUGAAGCUAUUUCAGAAUUUUAAAGCUCAUCCGCGUCUGGAAAAGCCAAAGCUCUCAAAGACAGAUUUUGCCCUCUCGCAUUUUGCUGGAAAGGUGAUAUACCAAACUGAGUUAUUUUUGGAGAAGAACCGAGAUUAUGUAAAUUUGGAGCAUCAGAAUCUUCUUUGUUCUUCCAAAUGCUCAUUCCUUUCUAGGCUCUUUGCUUUGCAACAAGAUGACCCAUCAAAAUCAUCUUAUAAGUUUUCUUCUAUAGCUUCUCGGUUUAAGCAACAACUCCAAGCGCUUAUGGAAACACUCAGCUCAACAGAACCUCACUACAUUCGUUGUGUAAAACCAAAUUCUCUGAACUAUCCUCAGAAAUUCGAGAAUGGAAGUGUACUACAGCAACUACGUAGUGGGGGUGUGCUUGAGGCUAUUAGAAUAAGUCUUGCUGGUUAUCCAACAAGGAGGACAUAUACCGAAUUCAUUGAUCGCUUUGGACUUCUUGUUCCAGAACAUAUGGAUGAAAGGUUUGAUGAGAAAUCGCUGACAGAAAAAAUACUAAGGCAAUUACAUCUUGAGAACUUUCAACUUGGCAGAACAAAAGUUUUUCUCAGGGCUGGCCAGAUUGCUGUUUUGGACUCCAAACGUACCGAGAUUCUGGAAAAGGCUGCCAGGAUAGUUCAGGGUCGCUUUCGAACCUUUGUUGCUUGCAAGGAGUUUCAUUCUACUAAGAAAGCUUCUGUUUCUCUCCAAGCAUAUUGCCGAGGGUGUUUGGCACGAAAUUUGCUUGAUGCUAAGAGACAGAUAGCAGCAGCUGUUUCAGUAGAAAAGUAUGCUCGGAGAUGGUUCUGUCGGUGUGAAUAUUUGCAUCUCCGUUCUUCAGCUCUUGUUAUCCAGUCUGGUGUUCGCUAUAUGCUAGCAAUCCAGAAAUUGCUGCAAUUGAAGAAUAAUAAAGCUGCUACCAUUAUCCAGGCCUUGUGGAGAAUGAAGAAGCUCUAUGAUUUCCAUCGGCAAUACCGACAUGCAACAAUUCUGAUCCAGUGUUGUUGGAGACAGAAGCUUGCUAAAAGGGCAUUUCGGAACCUUAAACAAGCUGCAUAUGAGACUGGAGCUUUGCGUGAAGCAAAAGGGAAACUUGAGAGGAGCUUGGAAGAUCUUACUUUGCGAUUCACCCUAGAAAGGAGGCAGAGGGUAGCUGCAGAAGAGUCGAAGGCACUAGAAGUCUCUAAGCUUCUCAAAAUCGUGGAAUCAUUAAAAUGUGAGUUGGAGGCAGCCAAUGAAGAAAAAAUUAAUGGUUGCAAGGAAGUUGCAUCAAUGCAACAACAGUUAGGGUUAUCAAUCAAGGAUCAAGAACUUCUUCACAGCAAUCUUGCUCAGAUAGAAGAACUAAAGAGGGAAAAUACUUUACUAAAGGGGAAGAAUGCAGAAAUGGAACAAGAGCUCUUGAAAGCCCAAAAAUGCAGCCAUGAUAAUAUGGACAAGCUUCAUGGCGUGGAAAGAAAUUAUCUGCAUCUUCGGGACAACUUGAAAAACUUGGAGGAUAAGAUCUCAAAUUUAGAAGAUGAGAACCAUUUAUUGAGGCAGAAGGCCUUAAGCUUAUCUCCUAGGCAUAGCCGCACCAUGAGCCAUCCUAUUGGGUCUUCCCCAUGCAGCCCAAAGUCAUUGAUUGAAUCUUCACCUGUAAAGAUCGUGCCUCUCCCGCACAACCCGACAGAGUUAAGAAGAUCAAGAAUGAACUCAGAAAGACAUGAGGAGUACCAUGAACUUCUACAGCGGUGCAUCAAGGAUGAUAUGGGAUUCAAGAAGGGAAAACCAGUCGCUGCAUGUGUCAUUUACAAAUGUCUUCUCCAUUGGGGAGUAUUCGAGGCUGAAAGAACAACUAUUUUCGACUUCAUAAUUCAGAACAUCAAUACAGUUCUGAAGACAGAAAAUGAGAAUGAUAUUCUGCCUUACUGGCUAGCCAAUGCAUCUGCCCUUUUAUGUCUGUUGCAAAGAAACUUACGGUCAAAAGGAUUCAUCGCGGCGCCUUCUAGAUCUUCUUCAGAUCCUCACUUAUGUGAAAAGGCAAAUGAUGCUCUCAGACCACCUUUGAAAGCUUUUGGACAACGGAAUAGCAUGUCGCAUAUAGAUGCUAAAUACCCAGCUAUGUUGUUUAAGCAACAACUAACUGCUUCCUUGGAGAAGAUAUUUGGCUUAAUCCGUGACAAUCUUAAGAAAGAGAUAUCACCUCUUUUGAGCCUCUGCAUUCAAGCACCAAAACUUGCUCGAGGAGGCAGUGGAAGGAGGUCGAGAUCGCCUGAUGUGACCUUGCAGCAACCAAUAAGUGCUCACUGGGAUCGGAUUAUAAAAUUUUUGGACUCAUUGAUGGACAGGCUGCAUAAAAACUUUGUGCCUUCUUUUUUCAUUCGCAAGCUAGUAACUCAAGUUUUCUCCUUCAUAAAUGUACAAUUGUUCAAUAGCUUGCUCCUACGACGGGAGUGUUGCACAUUUUCAAAUGGAGAAUAUGUGAAAACUGGGCUCUGUGUACUGGAGAAAUGGAUUCUGGAUGCUACAGAAGAGCAUGCAGGUGCAGCUUGGGAUGAGCUAAAGUACAUCAGAGAGGCGGUUGAAUUUCUGAUUAUUGCACAGAAAAGCAAAAGGACUCUUGAGCAGAUUAAGAAAAAUAUUUGUCCGGCGUUAAGUGUGAGGCAGAUAUAUCGUCUAUGUACGAUGUACUGGGAUGACAAAUAUGGUACCCACAGUGUAUCAGCCGAGGUUGUUGCCAAAAUGAGGGACAUGGUGAGCAGCGAUGCACAAAAUCCAGUGUCAAAUUCAUUUCUCUUGGAUGACGACUUGAGCAUUCCUUUCACGACAGAGGAGAUAGCAGAGGAAGUACCGGACAUAGACAUGUCAAACAUCGAGAUGCCCUCAUCACUUCGUCAUGUACACUCUGCUCAGUUCCUGAUGCAGCACCUUCAGACAACGUACCCGCUAAGAUGAAUUUGCCUAGGCGUGUUAUCUGAUAGGCGAUAAGGAUGAUCCAAUUGCUUAGUUAGAGAGGAAUUUUAAGUCAGUAAUCAUCAUGUGGUUUGCCUAGAUUUUUCUCAGUAUGACUCGGUGAUCCACUUAAAAUGGCGCAUUGCUUUGUUGCCAUGCCUAGCACAAACCUAAAAUUGCAGAAUCUAAGGAUAAAAAUGUGAAGUCUUUAACAUGGUGACAUUUUUCGUACCAAUCCAUACUCAUGUGCGCAAGUUCUUAACUUCUCUAGUUACUAACAAAUCAUUAUUGUAAGUGUUCAAUUAUUGUUUAGUUGCUGCAAUCAAGGACUAAUUUGUAAACUGAAGACUUUACAUGUUUGACUCGUUGACCUGUACGUCUUCAUCCCAAUUCCAGUUGGAAUGGAUCGUUUUUGUA